AUGGAGAUGUUACGCCGCUCGUCCGUGUUUGCCGCCGAGGUGUUCGACCGCUCACCCACUGACAAGGAGUUGGUGUCCCAAGCCAAGGCGCUUUGCCGGGACUACAUUCAAUCCAGGUUGGGCCGCGCUGGCAUAGGCUGGUCCAAGCCCGAGCAACUCUCCUCUUCGUGGGGGACGCAAGGGGACGUGUCUGCGGUGCUCUUGUGGUUGGGUGACGAGCUGGAGUAUCUUCGUCCCAGCGUUUAUCGCAACGUGGCUCGACAGCUCAACAUCACGGUCGCCUCAGAAAGCGUGGUUACGGAUGCGUUCCUGGCCGUGGCAGCAGACAUCUUUUCUACAGGUGUGACAUGGGGAAAGGUGGUGUCUUUGUACGCGGUUGCUGGCUCUCUUGCCGUGGAUUGUGUUCGCCAUGGCCACCCUGCUAUGGUCCACACCAUCGUGGACUGCAUGGGGGAGUUUGUCCGCAAAAGUCUGUCAACGUGGCUGAAACGCAGAGGAGGAUGGGUGGACCUGACCAAAUGUGUGGUGAGCACGGAGGUUGGUUUGCGUUCCCACUGGCUGGUGUUGUCUCUGUGCACCUUUGGACACUACGUCAAGGCUGGGGUGCUUUACCUCCUCAGGGACAAGUGA